GAAGGCGGGAGUCCCGGGUAAGAGGGAAGCCGAGAACCGGAAGUGAAGGCAGAUUCUCUCCUUCGUCGCUGUUGCCGCCGCCAUAUGCGCUCGCCUUGCUCAGCUCUUCUAUCACAAACUAGGGUGUGUGUGUUUUUUUUUUAAACUGUUGUUCAAGCCCCCAUUCUUCCUUGUUUUCACUUAUUCUGCGUGAAACCAUCCGGAGACCCCUCCCCUUCUCCCCCUGCCGGCCCAGUUAUGGCAGAGAAUGAUGUGGACAAUGAGCUCUUGGACUAUGAAGAAGAUGAGGUGGAGACAGCAGCUGGGGGAGAUGGGGCUGAGGCCCCUGCCAAGAAGGAUGUCAAGGGCUCCUAUGUCUCCAUCCACAGCUCUGGCUUUCGUGACUUCCUGCUGAAGCCAGAGUUGCUCCGGGCCAUUGUUGACUGUGGCUUUGAGCAUCCAUCAGAAGUCCAGCAUGAGUGCAUCCCUCAGGCCAUUCUGGGAAUGGACGUCCUAUGCCAGGCCAAGUCAGGCAUGGGGAAGACAGCAGUGUUUGUGCUGGCCACACUGCAACAACUGGAGCCAGUUACUGGACAGGUGUCUGUGCUGGUGAUGUGUCACACUCGGGAGUUGGCUUUUCAGAUCAGCAAGGAGUAUGAGCGCUUCUCUAAAUACAUGCCCAAUGUCAAGGUCGCGGUGUUUUUUGGUGGUCUGUCUAUCAAGAAGGAUGAAGAGGUGCUGAAGAAGAACUGCCCGCAUAUUGUUGUGGGGACCCCUGGCCGCAUCCUCGCCCUGGCUCGAAAUAAGAGCCUCAAUCUCAAACACAUUAAACACUUUAUCUUGGAUGAAUGUGAUAAGAUGCUUGAACAGCUCGACAUGCGUCGGGAUGUCCAGGAAAUUUUUCGCAUGACCCCCCAUGAGAAGCAGGUCAUGAUGUUCAGUGCUACCUUGAGCAAAGAGAUCCGUCCCGUCUGCCGCAAGUUCAUGCAAGACCCAAUGGAGAUCUUCGUGGAUGAUGAGACGAAGCUGACGCUGCAUGGGUUGCAGCAGUACUACGUGAAACUGAAGGACAACGAGAAGAACCGGAAGCUCUUUGACCUUCUCGAUGUCCUUGAGUUCAAUCAGGUGGUGAUCUUUGUGAAGUCUGUGCAGCGUUGCAUUGCCUUGGCCCAGCUCCUGGUGGAGCAGAACUUCCCAGCCAUUGCCAUCCACCGAGGGAUGCCCCAGGAGGAGAGGCUUUCUCGGUAUCAGCAAUUUAAAGAUUUUCAACGACGAAUUCUUGUGGCUACCAACCUGUUUGGCCGAGGCAUGGAUAUUGAGCGGGUAAACAUUGCCUUCAACUAUGACAUGCCUGAGGAUUCCGACACCUACCUGCAUCGGGUGGCCCGAGCAGGUCGGUUUGGCACCAAGGGCUUGGCCAUCACGUUUGUAUCGGAUGAAAAUGAUGCCAAGAUCCUCAAUGAUGUGCAGGAUCGCUUUGAAGUGAAUAUUAGUGAGCUGCCCGAUGAGAUAGACAUUUCCUCCUACAUUGAACAGACGCGGUAGAGGACUCACCCACCCAUUUUGGAAUGUGACGGUCUGUCCCUCUUCAGGAGAUGACAGCAGGCAUGGGGUGAAGGAGACACUACUGCCACCUACCCCUGACAACCCCCACCCCCACCCCAUGGCUUCCCCCCUUUUGCAUCACCACCACUCCUAAACCUGUAUUUCCUGAAUUGUCUGAAUUUUUUUUAACAAAACUAAAAAACGUAUGCGUCUGUGGUGUCUGUAAGUGCUCCAUCCCUUUAUUGGAUUUAGGGUGAGGUUAGGCCAUGAUUCAGUGUGUAUUCCUAUAAGGACUGUGUGCCCUUC